CAAAAACUCGGAAAAUCAGAGGUCAAAGAGCUUGGCAGAAAAACAAGCAGCAAAAACCCUGUACUCCGCAGGCAGAGCAAUGGAUUCUUCGCGGCAGUUUUUCUUCUCUUCUUUAAUUGUUACAUUCCUUCUUAGUCUCACCGUUACCCAACAAGAGCCUCUCUACAAUUUUUGUUUAGACACAAGUGGUAAUUUCACCAGAAACAGCACCUACGAGGCAAACCUCAAUCGCCUGCUGUCAUCUUUCUCCUCGAACACGGCAAAUGAUUAUGGGUUCUACAAUAUGUCAUCUGGCCAAGGCUCCGAGAGAGCUAACGUAAUCGCACUUUGCAGAGGGGAUGUUAAUUCGGGUGAUUGCCUCGACUGCAUCAAUAACGCAACCACUGAGCUCAGAAAUCUCUGUCCCAACCAGAAAGAAGCAAUUAUCUGGUAUGACUUUUGCAUGUUGCGCUACACAAAUCGCUCCAUCUUUGGUGUUGCGGAAACCAACCCUUCUUUCUACAUGUGGAAUCCAAAUAACGUCACGGAUGUGGAUGCUUUUAAUCAGUCCCUGAGUGCUUUGAUGAAUAACCUAAGAACUAACGCUUCAUCAGGCACUUCCCUUCGCAAGUUUGCAACGGGUAGUAGACAAGUUACAGCUUUCCAAACAAUAUAUGCACUUGUUCAAUGUACUCCUGAUUUGACCGAGCCCGAAUGCAGCUCUUGCAUGUCUCAGGCUAUUGAAUUUAUUCCCACUUGCUGUGAUAGAAAACAAGGAGGCAGGGUAAUUGGGCCUAGCUGCAAUUUUAGGUUUGAGAUUGAACGCUUCUAUAAUCUUACUAUUGCUGAUACACCUUCACUACUAUCGCCACCGCCACCAACACCAGUGUCACCACUUUCUCCCCCGCCCUCGAACGAUACCACAAGUUCAACAGGAAAAAAGAGUAAUUCAUCUCGAACUAUUAUCAUCAUAACCAUUGCGGCUGUUGCUUUUGCGGUACUUCUCAUCUCCAGCUACAUCUUUUUCUUUUUAAGGGUGAGAAAGUCAAAGGUGAAAGCUGAAACCCGUGAAGCAGCUGAAGCCGUGGACGAAAUCGGAAGUGCAGAGUCCUUGCAAUAUGAUUUCAGCACCAUUAGAGCUGCAACAGAUGAUUUUUCUGAUGCAAAUAAGCUUGGACAAGGUGGAUUUGGUGCAGUUUAUAAGGGCACACUUGCCAGUGGAGAAUUAAUAGCAGUGAAAAGGCUGUCUACAGAUUCUGGACAAGGAGAUCUAGAAUUCAAAAACGAGGUUCAGUUAGUGGCCAAGCUUCAGCACAGGAAUUUGGUUAGGCUCCAAGGUUUCUGCCUGGAAGGAAAUGAAAGGCUUCUCAUCUAUGAGUUUGUGCCUAAUGCAAGUCUGGAUCAAUUCUUAUUUGAUCCAGUUAAGUGUGCACAUUUGGACUGGGAAAGACGAAACAAAAUCAUAGGAGGCAUUGCUCGAGGGCUUCUUUACCUUCAUGAAGAUUCUCGACUCCGAAUUAUUCAUCGUGAUCUCAAAGCUAGUAACAUAUUAUUAGAUGCAGAGAUGAAUCCUAAAAUUUCAGAUUUUGGCAUGGCAAGAUUGUGUGCACUUGAUCAAACUCAAGGUGCUACCAGUAGAAUUGUGGGAACGUAUGGAUACAUGGCACCCGAAUAUGCAAUGCAUGGUCAAUUUUCUGUCAGGUCGGAUGUUUUUAGUUUUGGUGUACUACUUUUGGAGAUUUUAUGUGGUAAAAAAAAUAGUGCUUUUCGUGUGGGGGAGAAUGUAGAAGAUCUUCUAAGCUAUGCCUGGAGAAAUUGGAAGGAUGGGACAGCAUUGAAGCUCGUGGAUCCUAUUUUGAGGGAAGCUUCAAGAACGGAAGUGAUGAGAUGCAUCCACAUUGGUCUGCUCUGUGUCCAAGAAAAUGCAGCCCAGAGACCAAACAUGGCUUCAGUUGUUCUGAUGCUUACCAGCUACUCUGUCACUCUCCCACUACCCUCAGAACCUGCAUUUUUCAUGCACAGCAACACUCAAUCAGAUAUGUUGUGGCUAAAUUCAGGGGCAACAGAAUCGACUCAAUCCAGAAAUGAAGUUGCCGCAGUCUCAGAAAAUGAGGUUUCAAUAACUGAGCUGCAUCCAAGAUAGCAAGCAGGUCACAUUUGUAAGCAUUUCUGGGUCAAAAUUCAGUAUUUGUUACAAUUUCCUCUCUCUGCAGAUUGAGCUGAUUA